CACAAGAACGCGCGCUCGGAAUCUCGCACAUCUCAACUGCCACACUCUGCUCUCCCAAUGCCAACAAUUCAUCUUCUUUUCUUCUCCAUCGUCUCCUUCUUGCAACCUACGCUCUCUUAUUCUCUACCCACCGUCAUAUCCACAGAAUAGAUGCUUCUUCCUCUUCCUUAUUCUUCUUCUCAGGCGAAUCCACUGAUCUCCGGUUGCUAGCCUAGUAUUAUUGAGCUUAUUCCCCUUUCCAUGGCCCGGUUGGUGGCUAGAUCAAAAGCGCGGUGAAGCAGAGAUGAGGGGAGUAUCGUGGGGGAUCAUCGUCGGUGCGACCAUCGGGCUGGUUUCCGGGGCUCUCUUGGCCGUGGCGGCGCUCCUCUGCGUCCGGUUCCAGAAGAAGCGGGCCCGGCUUCGGAACAGCAGCUCCCUGAGGGCAGCCACCGCGCCCAUGCGCACCAACGGCGUGGAUGCCUGCGCGGAGCCCUCGGACGCUUCCACCGUGGGCCAGGAGUCCCCCGUCCGCCGUGAGGCCAAUGCGCGUGGCUUGUCCUUUUGGGUGGAGGAGUCCCGGAGGCGAAAUCCUGUGUCGUUUUCUGGCGUACUCAAAUAUCUUUACAAGGAUCUGCAAAAGGCAACCUGUAAUUUUACCACUUUGAUCGGUCAAGGAGCAUUUGGUCCUGUUUAUACAGCACAGAUGGCUACUGGGGAGAUAGUUGCUGUUAAGGUUCUGGCCUCCAAUUCUAAACAAGGAGAGAGAGAAUUCCAAAGCGAGGUAUUGCUUCUCGGAAGAUUACACCACAGAAAUCUUGUGAAUUUGGUUGGAUAUUGUGCCGAAAAGGGUCAAUAUAUGCUAGUAUAUGUGUACAUGAGUAAUGGCAGCCUUGCUUCUCAUUUGUACGGUGAAAAGCAUGAGCCAUUGAGCUGGGAUUCGAGGGUCAAUAUAGCUCUAGAUGUUGCGAGGGGCUUGGAGUAUCUUCACGAUGGUGCUAUUCCACCUGUGGUGCAUCGUGAUAUAAAGUCUGCCAACAUAUUAUUGGACCACUCUAUGGUGGCUAGGGUUGCUGAUUUCGGGCUGUCACGAGAAGAAAUAGUCAGUCAACAUGGGUCUAUUAUAAGGGGAACCUUUGGCUACCUUGAUCCCGAGUAUGUAUCAUCAAGGUCAUAUACCAAAAAAAGUGAUGUUUAUAGCUUUGGAGUAUUGCUUUUUGAGUUAAUCGCAGGCCGGAACCCACAGCAAGGUCUAAUGGAGUAUGUGGAACUUGCUGCAAUGGAUGCUGGAGGAAGAGAUGGAUGGGAGGAGAUUGCAGAUUCAAGACUACAUGGGGAUUUUGAUGUAAGAGAGCUCAAUGAUAUUGCUUCUCUUGCAUACAAAUGCACCAGCAGAAUAUCAAGGAAGAGACCAUCCAUGAGAGACAUGGUUCAAUCUCUGUCGAAGAUCAUAAAUGCCAGAAAUAGUCGAAUACGUCGUAGUAGAAGAUCCUUCCCUACUGCAGUUGAAGCUUCGAUAGAUAUUGAGACAUCGGAGUACCAGAGUUCACAAUCUGAACACCAGAGAGAGGAGUCCCUUGACAGUUUAUCGGAUUUCCCAGAAGUUUGACAUAUUUCAAUGAGUGAAUAUGGACCAAUUUUUUUUUUUUCUGCCUAAAUCUCAUUUCCUGUUCUUUUGUUGAUUAUUAUGUUAUGUGAAGCAUGCUGAAGUAGCGGAUGAUAUAUGUGAUGCUAAUGGUCUUUUUUUUUGUAGCGAAAAAGAACUUCCAAUUGAUUUCUGCAUUCAGAAUAUUGGAACUGUUCUUAUGUAAAUGCAUUUGGCAUAGCCAAAACAAAUUCAACGUUCUAAAACAAUUGUGUUUCAUUGAUUGCAAA